AUGCAAACAUUUGUCUCAAUAGCCCAGAAAGCAUGGGCAAUUUUUAUAUCCGAAAGGAAACCUGGCUGGAAGUACCUGAUGCAGCUUUUUGCAGUUUGCUCUGCAGUUGGCUUUGUCUCAAGCUUUCUGUUAUUCCUUGGCAUGCACUUUUCCCUGUCACACAGUCCUUUGGGCCCCUUACUGAUAGCUGGAUUUAUCUGGAUUUUGCUUUCUAUCGUGCUCUUGUGUUUCAAGCACCUGCGCUGUUUUAGUGUCCUGUUCCUUCUUUCUUGUGGACUGCGAAACGGCAGGAAUGCGCUUAUUACAGCUGGCACAGGUGUCAUGGUGGCUGGCAACAUCCAAAAUAUAUUUCACAACCUGAAGGUUCUGGCAGACAGUAUAACCUGUCAUUUAGAGUAUGAACAAUUUGCCUUGAUAAAAUAUUAUGUUGAGGCAGUAAAAUGGAUUUAUGAGAUGACCAAGCUUUCCUCUGAUCUAUCUAAACAUAUAGUGUUUCUAAGGCACGAAUUCACACCAUCUUAUUCAAUUUCAGAUGAUGCAUUAAAACAAGAGUUAAAUGACACAAAGCAAGAAAUCCAGAGAGUUGCUAACCAGAUAUCUUUUAUGCUGACUAUACUGCCCUAUAUAGGCCAGAAAGUACUGCCUAUAGUGGGGAUUUUUCUGGCUUCUUUUGGAACUGGCCUCUUUAUCAAAAAAUUUGUGGGCUCUCACAGCACCAAAUAUAAGAAUACUUACAUCACAAAAGAGUUUAUUGUAUUUGAUGAGCACCAAAAGCAACAGCAAAGACCCUGUCUUCUGCCACUUAACAAAAAAGAAAAAAAAGAUUAUGUAAUAAUCCCAUCUUUCUGCCUCACAAGGAAGGACAGAAAAAACAUGCAGUACUUUUUCUUCCCUGUAAUUAUUCAUCUUUGCAUCUGGCUUCUGUUUGCUGCAGUAGAUUAUCUGUUUUAUUGGUUAAUUGUUUCUGUGAGUAAACACCUCCAAGAAAUACCAGAUAUAGAGAUUCAGCUCAGCCUCUUUCAGCAAAGGAAUGAGAACAGCUUUAUCUUUGAUAUGAGGGAGCAUAUUGCAAAGACUGAUCCUUUCAAGAUCUCUUUGUUUAAGCACAACUGCCUCCCUCAGCCAGAGCUUGCACUCUGCACAACAUGGAUCCAGCUUGGAGUCAUCAUAUUCUUCUUAAUCAUUUUUGGGUUAUUCUCUGGCCUCCUGACCCAACUUAAAAUACUCGUGUUGACUUCAUUUUAUCCUGACACGGAGAUGAAACGGAUACAUUACUUGCAUGCAAAAUUACUGAAGAAAAGAGCAAAGCUACAAGAGAAAACUGGGAAGAAUAUGUUUGCUAAAACGGUCAACUUUUGGUUUCCAGUACUGAAGGCAAGAGAGUCAGUGAGGAAGAAAGAAAGGAGUUUGUCAAAGGACAGCAGGGUAUAG